UUGGCCUAGUAAAUCGUCUUGUAAGCUGCAGAGGUCCUAUCUCUUCCAGAGUCAGCAACCCAAGAGAGCGGAUCAAGAUGGCGCAGGUCCCUCAUAAUCACGUGACCUGCAGGUCCUGCUACGCUUGAAUAGAUCAUUUUCUACGAGGGAAAAUGUUUCACGGGAAGGAAACUGGAGGUCUUCGGAGACUGCGAUAACUUCCAAGAUAGGGGAUUCAUGAAUCGUGUCAACUCCAUCCGCGUAGAAAGUGGAGCCUGGAUCUGUUAUGACCAUCCUGACUUUAAGGGACAGCAGUACAUUCUAGAGAGAGGAGAAUAUCCAGACUUCCAUCGUUGGAAUGGGCACAAUGACCACAUGGGAUCAAGCAGACCCGUCAGAAUGCAUGGAGAACAUUACAGACUGGAGCUAUUUGAGGGAUGUAACUUCACUGGUCAAUGCAUGGAGUUCUGUGAGGAUUGUCCUUUCCUCCAAGGACGGGGCUGGAACAAGAACUGUGUGAAUGCCAUCAAGGUCUAUGGUGAUGGAGCCUGGGUACUGUAUGAAGAGCCCAACUACCGUGGACGUAUGUACAUUGUGGAGAGAGGAGACUUCCGCACAUUUAAUGAAUGGCAGGCCCAGAGUGCGAAUAUCCAGUCCAUCAGACGGGUUGUAAACUACUUCUAAGUGCUGGAUUUUAACCUUAGCAAAAGGGACAAUCGAACUCUCAAUAACAUUUACCUCUUGUUUUUGAAACACGCUCAAUAAAUUCUUAA